AUGAGCGAAGGAAAAAGGAAAGGAGCUUUCAAGCUGCAAUCCAUAGAUUUAGCGGGUGCAGGUCGGUCUGACGCAAUUUCGACAACAUCUUCUGUGACUGCAUCUAUUCUAUCACAAACCCCUCGUCAGUUUUCUUCUAAUGCAACCUAUAGUUUUGAUGCCAAUGAUUUUUAUUCAACUUCUAUAAAUCAGCGGGUAUCGCCAACAAUGUCAUUACAUGGCCGAAGUUAUAAACGCGGGCAUUCACACCGCCCCUCAAUGAAUUCCACACUAUCUAAUUUUAGCACCAUGUCGGAAACGUCAUUACCAUGGACUACCAAGGACAUCGGGUUUAAUGCUAUUUCUGGAGUGCUAAAUAAUCCAAAUGCAAUAGUUUCAAACAAAACCAAACCUCUAAAGAAUGAUAUCCUUCCUGUACCUCGUACUACUAUAAGAAAAGUAAAACCAACCGAUUUCAAAAGUUAUAUUAGGCAAAUUUCUCCGGUAUUUAAAAGGUAUAUUCAUAAUAAAGAUAAUCAAAAGCCCUUGACUACAAGUAUCUUGGAAGUAAAUCUUGGAAAUUUGCAAAUUUCGCAUGAUGACUAUGAAAUUCCCGUUCACCGGCUAGAAAGUACGAGAAAUCCUUAUACUAUACCUAUACUUCCACAGUCCCCUGACGAACCGCAAUAUUUAAAGCCUGAUAUUGAGCUUCCGCUAUUGGAGGUGGUUCCCUCAAUAUUUUUUGAUCCAGAUUUCGACCUAAAAAACCCAAAAACUUUUGAUAUUGUGUGUGAAAAAACUGAAGACAUUGAGAAUAAUAUUGAUAGUUUAUCGAUUUCCACUAAUGCGAUUAUUCAAGAAAAGCUUUAUCUUUAUCUUGACACAGUUGAAAUACAUCUUGUCAAUGAAAUUUCUUUACGAUCUUCUUCAUUUUUUACAGCUUUAUCAAAUCUUCGAGUUCUACACUCUGAGACGUUGGAAUGUAUUUCUCAAAUUAAUAGUUUGCGUAAAAAAUUAGCACGCAUAGAAAAUUCUCAAGUUAAACGGGGACUCGAAGUUGUGAGAUUAAAACGUCGUCGCGAAAAUAUUGCUAAACUUUACAAAGGUAUAAGAAUGAUUGCUGAAAUACGUUCAACACAACCGUUGAUACAAAUGUUGUUAGGACAAGGUGAUUAUUUCUCCGCUAUGGAUUUCAUUGAAAAAGUAAACAUUAUAUUGAGUUAUGGCAAAGGUCAAAGUUUCAAAGUGCCGAUGUCUGCAAAAGACGAUCCUAGAGCCAUUAUUAUACGCAAACUAAAUAUUAUAACUAAGGAAAUCAAAAGUUUCGGUGUACUCAAUUUGCAAAAAGUUAAAGCGUUAACGUAUUUUAGUGAACGGCUUAAUGAGAUGGACAAGAUGAUUGGCAUAACGAUGGAAAAUGAUUUUUUGAGUGUAUUAUUUUCUGAUUUUAAUGAGCAUAUUAAAAAUGUGAAUACAAUAAAUGCAAUAAACAUUCUCUAUAAUAAUAGCAGUCAUUUAGCAAAGAAUAAUGUUACUAGUGUUGUUAUAAGCGAUAAUUUAGUAACAGAAAAAGAAGAAAGACUAAAGAUUCGGAUAGGACCUCUUCUUUUAGGCUUAUGUGAGAUGAAUCGAUUUGAAUCUGCUCUACAAACAUAUCGUGAAAGAAUGGUGGAUGAAAUUAAAUGUAUAACCCAGUAUUUUCAAUCGUCGAUACCGCUUGAUGAUGCAGUAGAAGAUCAAUCGGAUGACGAUCCAUUGAUGGAAUACAGUUCACAAAUUACAAAUUUGAUCAAAGAAACGUCUUUUGAUGCAUUUUUAGAGGUGUUAUCAUAUAUAUACGUGGUAUUACUUGAAAGCAUAAAGAAGAUAGCAGUUUACAAUGAGGUUUUCUCAUCAAUUUUGAUUGAUAUUCCAAAUACUGAUCUAGAAAUUCAUUCUGAAAAAAACCUGAUUGAGAAUGAAAAGGACUUACCAAAUAACAACUUACAAGCUGAUGAUGACAAUAAUUCAAAAGAAUCAACGGAGAUUGAAAUUACGACUGCUGAAACUCAAAAUGAACAUAUUGAGUCAAAGAAUUCCAAAUUUAGAACUGCUUUAAAAUUCACUACUGGAAUAAAGUCUAUAAUUAAAAAGACAACAUUUUUUACAACUAAGUCACAGGCAUCUCUACCAGAAAUAACACCUAAAAUUUCAGAAUCUACAUCACCUAAUUCUCAAACGAGUGAGAUAUUGGAUAAUAAUAAUUACGCGAAAAUAACAUCUGAUUCUUCACAAAUAAUAUUUGUCGUAACAGAUUUAGCUCAUGUAUGGUGUGCAAACUUGAUCUCAAUUCGUGCAGAUCAAAAUGCGCAGUUAAAUCAAAAAGAUUUUUACCGAUUAUUUAACAUAACAUGGGCAUUUGUACUAGAAUGCGAAAGUUUGUGUGGUCGUGCAUGUUACGGUCUUCGAGGAACUAUAACUUCACAAGCCAAAGCAUUUUUAAAUAAUUUUCACGCUGAAAAAAUAAAGCAAGAGGCAGCAUCAGUAGAAAACGAACAAUGGGCACAAGCAGAGGUUCCUAUCCACUUUCAACAAACAGUAAACCAAAUUGUAGCUGCUGCCGUAAAAGGAUUAUCUGACUUCAGGUAUAAUCCACUUGACUGUAAGAAUGAAAACGAACAAAUUGUCCUGAAUAAUUCAGAUACGAAACAGAACCAUAUUGAUAAUAUUGGCAAAUAUAUAUUUGUUGAGGAACGGCGAUUUUUUAUGGUUGGAUGUGGCUUGACACUCCUUAGAAUACUUGACGAUUAUUUGGGUUAUAUGGCCAAUAUUCCUGUAUUGACUGUCGAGACAAUGAAUAAAAUUACGGAAGUCUUAAAUUUAUUUAACUCACGAAUUUGUCAAGUGAUUCUGGGAGGUGGUGCUAGACAUUCCGCUGGAUUAAAAAUUAUCACUGCCAGGCAUUUAGCUCUUGCGUCUCAAUCACUUGGUGCUAUCAUUACACUGAUACCAUUUAUUCGCGAAUGUAUCCGAAAUAACCUUAGUGACAAACAAAUGAUAAUGUUAACAGAAUUUGAUCGGAUUAAAAGGGACUAUAUAAACCACCAAAAUGAAGUGCAUGCUAAACUGGUGUCUAUUAUGGAUACACGACUAUUAGUCCAUCUUAAAUCUUUUGGGUCAAUAACGUGGGACGAGUCGAAUAAGAAAAAUGGACCAAAUUCUUAUAUAGAAUUAUUGGUAAAAGAAAUCAUUAAAUUGCAUAAUGUUUUAAAUAAGAUUUUACCGCAGGAGAUUUUACAGAAAGUAAUGUCAGAUGUAUUAAAAUCAUCGAACGUUAAACUUGCAGAAGAAAUUGCUAAAGUGAAUAUUUAUACGCCUGCUGGAAAAGAACGAGUAACCCAAGAUGUUCGAUAUUAUAUUCGUAAAUUAUCAGCCUUAAACAUUCAAGAACUAGCUAAUGAAUUAGAAACCGCAGUUAGUAAUUUGCCAAUUAAAGAAAAGUCAGAAGAUGAAACUGUUGAUUUAACCUCAUCACCAGCAUGA